CUGAGAUAAUUCUGUUAGAGGGGUUGUGAGGGCGCGUAUAUAAGCGUCUGGAGGGCCGCCGCCGCAAACACUGCACCUGCAUUCUGCAACAUUCGCUGAGUUACAUAUACUAAACUUAAACAUGAAGGCCAUUGUGAUCGUCCUCUUGUUAGCCGCCGUAGCAGUCUUCGGCGCUGAGGAGAAGAAGGAGAAGCGUGGACUGCUAGGGCUGGGUUAUGGUGGACUUUACGGAGGUCAUGGUUUAGGUCUCUACGGAGGUCACGGCUUAGGUCUUUACGGAGGUCACGGCUUAGGUCUCUACGGAGGACACGGUUUAGGCCUGUAUGGAGGACACGCCAUCGCCGCUUCGCCCAUCGUCAGCCAUAGCGUGGCCAUUCCUGCACCCAUAAUCAGUCAUGGAAUAGCUGCUCCAGUGUUGGACCACGGAAUAUACGGCCACGGAUUGGGCGCUCCCUUGCUGGGAUUGGGUCACGGGUGGCAUUAGGGCCUACACUCCUCGACAACCUCGCACCGGCGAGUCCAAUUAGUGUAUUCCAGUGCCAAAUUAGUUUUGUGUGAGUAAUGAAUAAAUUAUGAAAUUGUAAA